UUAUCGCACUACAGAAAACUACCCAUCUUGCCAUUCUCGAAAAUGACCUGGCUGGCUUCGCUUUCUCUAACGCAGGUCACUGCUACCUCUCUAACACUAGGUUUCUUUCUCGUGAUCCUAACUAUUGUAAAAGGAUUAUUCCAGUAUCGAGAGCAUAUUCAGCAGUUUCUAGAUGACAGAAGCAAGCUCAUUGAGCUUGCUGCGACCCUGCCGGGCCCUCCGAUGCUGCCACUGCUCGGAAAUGCUUUCGCAAUUAGGGACACCGAAAAAGCUAUUCUCACUCUGUCUAAAAUGAGUCGGGAAAUGGAUGGAGUGACAUUUCGAUUUUGGCUCGGACCUCUACUGAAAGUUGUAGUUCCUGAUCCUCAUGACAUACAGAUUAUUAUAUCGUCAUCGAAAGCUGCUCACAAGGAUGAUGUCUACAAAUUAAUGCAGCCUGGUGUAAUAGAUGGCCUCAUAAAUGCAAAUGGCCCCAUCUACAGAGCUCACAAAAAAUUGAUACAACCCAUGGUCAAUGGCGGUCUAGUCAUGGAUAGAUUCACAAAAUUAUUCAAUUUGAAGUCUCAGGCACUCGUCAAACGACUUGAGGAGAAAGUGGGUGCGGGAGAAUUUGAUGUUAUUGAUUACAUCACUGCUUCUAUUGGCGAUAUUACUCUCGAAACAUUGGUGGGACGUCCAGCGAUUUUGGAGAACGGAGAAGUAUUGCCCUUCUUGACGGAGACCCAAACAGCACUACACGCCACUAUUUAUCGUAUGGCAAGACCAUGGCUAUAUCCCUACUGCAUUUUCCGUCUGACGAAAAAAGGAAGGGAAUAUUCGGAAAUCAUAAGGACAGCACAUGAAUACAUUGACGAUAAUGUCUCCGAAGCGAUGGACAAUUACAAACCAGCGCAGUCUGAAGAUCUCAUUAACAUGCCGAUAUUACAUUUCCUCGUUGAUCACAUGAUGAAAACUAAGGAGCUGACGCCAGUAGAGAUACGAUACGAACUAAUAACGCUUUUUAUUGGAAUAUUUGAGACCCUAGAAAGCAUAGCGUGUCUCCUCAUACUGAUGAUAGCCAUGUAUCCCGAAGCUCAAAGAAAAAUAAGAAAAGAAGUCCUCGAUGUGAUGAGAAACGAUUUUAUAACUGAGUCGGAAACUAAACAAUUAAAUUACCUGGACAUGGUAAUUCGAGAGACGAUUAGACUCUUCCCUGUGGGACCGGCCUUACCCAGGAAAACAACCGACGAAAUAAAACUCAGCACCUGCACUCUUCCUAAAAAUUGUUCCGUAAUGAUGCUACCCUUCGCAGUGCACAGAGACCCUAAAUACUGGAAUGAGCCCGAUAAGUUCAUCCCCGAGCGCUUCACUCCGGAAAACUCGAAGGAUCGUCAUCCUUACGCGUACGUUCCUUUCAGCGGAGGACCACGGAGCUGUCUGGGCCCGCGAUAUGCUAUGAUAGUACUGAAAAUCAUGGUUGCACACCUCCUUCGAUCUUAUGAACUGACAACGACGAUGAAUCUCGAAAACUUGCAGUUAGUCACGCACAUAUCGACACGCUCUAUGGAUGGACACAAUAUUUCCAUAAAGAAAGUUGAAUCAUAAGAUGAAUUAUAGUGUGACAAUGCAUUCACUAUUUGGUUGGGAUGAGAGAAUUACAUGUUCUCAACUACAUUUUAUAUUUAUAAAUAACUUUUUUUUCUUUUGCUUUUAAAAUUUUCUUUUUCCUUUUUUGUCUUUUUCCGUCCAGUGCCAACAGAAUACUAGCAUGACUAGGAGAAUACAGAAAGAAAAACGACGAAGUUCUCAAACACGUCUUACUUGUGCCAAGAAAAUUGUUUUUCGAAAAUUAUCAAAAAAGGAUUUCUUUGCGCCAAACAUCCAGAGAGUGCGCCGGAAUGAAAAUUUAUUUUCACAAUAUUUCCAUAAAGUUAAAUCAUAAGAUGAAUUAUAGUGUGACAAUGCAUGCACUAUUUGGUUGGAAUGAGAGAAUUACAUGUUCUCAACUACAUUUUAUAUUUAUAAAUAACUUUUUUGUUUCUUAUGCUU